GUAUAAUCAAAAGUUUUUUUUUUCUUCCUUCUUUUUUUGUGUAUUGCCCUUCUCCUUCACAUUACAAUGAGCGAAUCCAACACAGUUAUUGGUAUUAAUUUUGGUACUGCAUAUACUUCUAUUGCUUAUUUGAACAAGGAUGGUCGCGCUGAUUGUCUUGCUAAUGAAGAAGGUGAUAGACAAAUUGCCUCCGUUCUUGCUUUCCAUGGAGAUGAAGAGGUCAUUGGUUCUCAAGCCAAAUCCGACAUUCCUCGUCAUCCUAACCAAACCAUCGCCAACUUCCGUGCUAAUAUUGGAAAGAGUUUUACUGAAGCAGAGAACUUGACUGGCUCUGCUGCUCCCAUUGUAGACAAGGCUGGUGUUCCUGCCUAUGAGAUUGAAUUACCUUCUGGCAAGACUGUUUUUACUGCUAAGGAAGUUUCUGCUAAAUACUUGCGUCAUAUUCGUGAAUCUGCUGAAGCUUUCUUGGGUACUGCCGUUAAUGGUGCUGUCAUGGCUGUACCCUCUUAUUUUACUGAGAAACAACGUGAGGAAUUGGUUUCCGCUGCCGAAGAUGCUGGCAUCAAAGUGAUCCAAUUGAUUCAUGAAUCUGCUGCUGCUGCCUUGGCCUAUGGUGUUGGUCAAGAGAGUACUAACAAAGAUCCUCAAGAUAAAACCAUUGUUAUUUGUGAUUUGGGUGGUCAUUCAUUUGAUGUUACUGUUUUAGCUGUUCGUUCUGGUAUGUUUACUAUUUUGGCCACUGCUCAUGAUACUAAAGUUGGCGGCGCCUCCUUUGAUGAUAACUUAAUUAAGCACUUCACAGCUGAAUUCCAAAAGAAGGCUAAGAUUGACAUUAAUAAUAACCAAAAGGCCCUUUCUAAACUUCGUAACGCUGUUGAGGUCACUAAGAAGAUGUUAUCCUCUGCCAACUCUGCCCCCUGUUUUGUUGAAUCAUUAGCUGACGGUGUUGAUUUCCAUAGCACAAUUAACCGUAUGCGUUUCGAAAUUUUAUCUAAGAAUGUCUUUGCUCAACUUCAAACUGUUAUUCAUCAAGUUCUUGAAAAGAGUCAAUUGGAUGCUUCUGAAAUUGAUGAAGUUCUCUUAGCUGGUGGUUCUGCCCGUAUUCCUAGAUUUGCUCUCAAGAUUCGUGAAGUCUUUACUAAUGAAAAUACCAAGGUUUUGAAUGAACUUGAAUCUGAUGAAGUUGUUGCUCGUGGUUGUGCUAUUCAAGGUUCUUUAGUUUCUGGUUUUGAAAAAGAAGAUAUCGAUGCUGCUAUCCAUCCUGUUGUUACUUUAGCACCCAACACAACCAAGGCUAUUGGUGUUUUGAAUGCCAAGGGCGAAUUUAUUACUGUCAUUCCUCGUGGAACCGCUUUACCUACACGUCGUGUCUUUGAAUUUGGCAAUGCUGAAGAUAAUCAAUCUGCAGCUUAUUUGGCACUUUAUGAAGGUGAACAUGUUAUUGAAAAGGUAGAAGUGAAGCCUGAACCUGUUGAAGUUGAAGAUGAUGAAGAACCCUAUGAAGAGGAACCUGAAAUUGUUACCAAGGUUUAUACUAAGCCUGCUGCUCAAUUAGUCGAAGCUUCUCUUCCUCUUGAAAAGGCCGCUAAAGCUAAGGGUAGUAAAAUUGAAGUCCAGAUCACCGUAGAUGCUCAGGCUAAUGUGACUUUAAUCAUGCGUGAAAAGAAUGGAUCUAAGGUUGUUAAGGUUGAAGCCAAGAAAUAAAUUAUUCAUGGUUUUUUUUUUUUGAAAACCCUUUCUUCUUUUUUUUUAUUCUUUCUUUCUUUCUUUCUUUCUUUCUCUUCUUAUAAUCAUUCCUAUCAGCUCUCCUAUACAUGUAUACAAAUUCACUUACCAAUAAAAACCGAU